GGACAACUAGCACAAGACGACAGAUGACUAACGAAAGUUUCACUAGAUGCGCUUCCCAAAAUCAACAUCCAAGCUGGCGGUCAUUGGAAAUGAUAUAGUGAGCCAACUCCGAUUCCGAUAUCUGUCAGUCUCGCCGAGAUUUCAGGAGCAUCUUCGGUCCUUGUCGGAGCCACGCGUCCUGGCGUGCGAUAACUUCCCGCCCCCUCGAAGAUAAACCCUGAGUCUUGAGGCGUUAGUGG